UGAACUUGCCUUGAACUUAAUAUUUCAUUCGCAAAAUAUUCACGUUAUACGCAAACGUAUUCCCGAUAAAAACAAAAAACAAUACUGGAUUUGACAAAUAAGAAAUAUUAAUCCAUUCACAUUGAGGAAGUGAUAUUAUUCAAAUGUUUAUAUUUUAAUAAUAUUCCGCAGAGAGUGUUCAUUUUAAAGUUCAUAAUUGAUUUGCAUUAAAUAUUUCGUAGUAUAAUGACAAGUUUGAAUGAUAAAUUUGGUAUAUGGCCACUUAUAGAGUACAAUGGAUGGAGAUAUUUUCCUCUUCCAAGUAUGGUUGGAGAUGUUGGUAAAAGGUUACAGCAGAUGAAAGAUUUCAAUUCUAGAGAUGAUGAUGUCAUUCUCGCUUCCUCUUAUAAAUCAGGAACACAUUGGGUACAUGAAAUAACUUCGAUGCUUUUAAAUCAGACCACAGAGUACAACACAAAGCACUGGACAUCUCUCCAUCUACAGUUAGAAUGGCCAGAAGAUUACAAAUUCACCGAAGCUAUGUCGGAACAAAGACUUUUACAGUCUCAUCUACCAUUUGAAUGUCUGCCAACAGCACAUAUUAAAAAAGGCGCCAAAAUUAUUUACGUGAGUCGAAACCCAAAAGACAGAGAUGUGUCCAUGUACAAUUUUCUACAUGGAAAAAUAGGAUGGCCUGACAUGACAUGGAAUGAAUACUUCGAGAAAUUUGUUUUAAAUGAUGAUAUAUAUGGAGGUUGGUUUAACCAUGCUAAGCAAUAUAUAGAUGCAAUUGAACAUAAAAAAGCAAACAUAUGUCAAGUUCUUUAUGAGGAUAUGUGGCUGGAUCCAAUAAAACAUACCACUAGACUGGCAGAUUUUCUAGAGGUUCCAUAUGACGAUAAGUUUAUAAAAGAAGUGGUAAAGAAAUGUUCAUUUCAUGAAUUGAAGAACAAGAAAAUCGACAUAACAGUUACCAUACAUCCAGAGGGGAAGUCUACAUUGUUUCGAAAAGGAAAACUCGGAGAUUGGAAAAACUGGUUUACGGUCUCGCAGAAUGAACAGUUUGAUGCAUUAUACAGAAAAGAAAUGAAGAACGUCGAUGUUAACUUUGUUUUUGAACCAUCUGGUCAAAUUUGAUACGCGUGUUAUUCAGUGUGCACCACAUUUUUUAUGUUAUUUCUUCAUAGACAGAAAAAAUACUACAGUCAUUCCUUAAAUAGUAACAUCAUAUGUAUACUGCGGGAAGUUUAUCCCAAGAAUCCGUGUCGUUAUAAUAAAUCUUAUAGG